AGCUCUCUUCUCUGCACAGGACAUCCACCUUGCCCUCGUGUUUCCCCUUUGGCCUCUGCGGUCUAUCCUGCCCCCUAUACCCAGAUUCCACCUCUCAUCCGCGGCCUACAGCUACCUGCAAGGUACUCCAUCAGGUCUCCACGCCUUAUAGUCCUGCUCCAUCUGCCAGUCCCACCGUUUAUUCUCUCUCUCGCACACUUUCCCUCAGAGACUUGGUAGCAUGACGGACAGUGUCACUAUUUCUCUUCUUCCUGUGUCACUUUCUAUUGUGCAUGUACCUCGUUCUCGUAUUCACAGUCUAUGUCACCCCUUACUGCGACAACUGUUGCUCCCAAACCCUAUGUUUCUGAACAUUACAUGCAACGAGAUUGAGCUCAGCCUAUUUGCCGAACACCAUGUCCUCAAGGAAUUCGAGCCCAUUGUCAAGAAGGAUGCACGACGACUGAGACUUAGGGGGAGAACUAACCACGCUUCCGACGAUAAGCUGAAACGUCGGUCGUCGACGGAAGGCUGGGAGGCCGUGGAAAUGUCCGCCGAAAGGUGGAAUGUCCUUCAGAUCGACUCCCACUCAAGUAGUCUGGAUACUUCUGGAGCCCGCAUACAUGAGCUUUCAGCACCACUGGCUGCUGCUGGCAUAUCUAUCCUCUACCAGUCCUCGUACAUGAGCGACUUCAUCUUCGUCAAACAGCAUCGACUUUCUGAAGUGAUGUCGCUGCUAGGUUCAGCGGGAUUCAACCUGUACUCGUCGGACCCACACAACCUCACAUCGCAACUCUCUACCUUGACUUCUCCCAUCCUCUCUCCACUGAGCGCCGAAGAUUCGUCUUCGAUACAUCUGCUCGACCUCACUUCGUCGACUACUUCUACCUCAGCUAUCUCUCCGGAGAGCGGCGCAGUUCUCAGUCGCUCUCGGAGCAGCACUGAUGCUAAGCAACCCAGUCGACGCCCAUCUUCCAUGCAUCUUACGGAGGAAGCGCUGAGGGAAGCAGAGUCGACGCUAGACACCUCAGAGAAUACUCUGGAUAUUGAGCGUCCACUGACGGCUAGAUCGCAAAGCCAUUCCCCGUCUGGGUGUGAUGUCCAGGUACUGGAACCCGACCUAACGUGCAUCGGUCUUGCAGACGAUUGCGCGGAUAUGUGGACUCUCAAGAUCAUGAAGCUGGUCGCUUUCCCAGACUUAAUCCCUGGGGUCGCGGCAUCCAGCACUUUGAAGUCCCGUCGACAUUCUGUUGCUUCCGGUAAGCCAGACUUGGCACCGACCGAUGUGCCCGCUAGAUCCGCUGUUGAGGAUGAGAGUGAAGAGAUAUCCGUUGGGCUCACUUCAGACAGUGAAACUGAGAGCGGUGGAAGCAGGAGUGAUACCACGACGCGAGACCUGCCUUACGAGGACGCCGAUCGCGAGUUUAGUGCGGAAGAUGCGGAUUCAAGCGAUGAUGAGAGUUAUCAUUCUGCCAGCCUUGGGAGCCCAGCACAGACCUACCCUGAUGACAAGGGUACGCACAUUUCACGACCUAGACUUGCACAUCUGGAUACGGGGUCGACUGUCACUUCACCCCGUCGUCGACGCCGUGCAGCAUCAGAGGCAGACUCGGCCGCGCGAUCGAAACCGGAUCCUUUGGUCCCGUUCUUCUCAUUCACUAGAACUCCAGAGGGGUCUUCAUUGACAGGUUCUGUGGCACUCUUGGCUGCGCUUUUCCCUCCUAGCGAGCGCCAUAUGGUGAUAUGUAGCGGCGAGCUUGAUAUCCAAGAUUCUCGUGCAGCGUCACCUCAACGUCUUAUGGAACCUCUAGAAACCAUUGCCGAAGAUGGACUCGAGGUUGGAGAAGGUGAUCUACCGGAGCCUGAAGGGACAAUGAAGUGUCUACAGAUUGACCUUCGAAAAUUCGGCCUUGAUAAACAUGGUCUCGUCAGCCGAUACUCUCGCGCGUUAGAACAAAACGGCAUCAACCACAUGUACAGUUCGACGUUCAAAACUGCGAACCUUCUCGUAGACAAAGCACACGCUACCCGUGCACAAGCUGUACUUCGCUCUUGCUGAGCUUUCCCCCUCAUUCGAUUACCUUGCUUCAUAGCUUACUAUCUCCAUGACUAUCGUCAUGCUCCUUACGACAAAAUGACCCUUACGAUUCGAGAUCAUACCUCCCCAUCACUCCUCAUCUCGAUUGCACAUCGCUCGGGAUAGACCUAUGCUGUUUCUAACACCAUCCCCAUCUGCCUCCCUGCAUCUUACGAUACGAAUGCCUGCUUAGUACAUACCUCAUACCGCUCUCAUUCUCUACUCAUAUACCGUAUCGGCAUGCAUCUCCCUCCCCACUUACCUGCCAUCCCUCAUUCGCCCAACACUCAACCAUCCAACAUCUGACAGACCUCCCAUCCUUACGAAUCACACAUCCUCCAUCUUCAACCCCUGUUAAAACUCCCUCAGAUACCCGUCUUCGUUACUUCCCCCCAUCUCUCAUCUCGCGAUCUAUGAUUAUUCUACGGUUCUUGUCAUACAACGAUGUUCUGCUGUAAUACUCUCCCCUAGUUGUAUUUCUAUCUGGGUUGGUGUAUUGAUGUAUUGGUGUCAUCAAAUGAUUCUAUGAUCAGUUUCACAAGUC